AUGCCGCAAAUGCUCAUCCUCCAGUGGGCUUCCCCCGCGUUUCCCGCAUUGGCUGCCACCGCGCGUUAUGAAGAGUGGGGCAUCAUAGCCGCCUCUGCUAUUGGCCAACUGACUGAGGCACAGGUGCUCUCCCGUCUCUCCAUCCAGUCAAUGUCGAACCGUACCAUGUUCGUACACGACGAGGAAGCCAUCUCCAGAGCCAACCUGUCUCUCCUUUCUCAUGCCGAGACAGUACCCUGGCCUUUCAUGUGCAUAAUUCAGGCCUCCGGAAAGUCUGGUUAUAUUCCAGUACAUGCAAUGCUCGCUCGAACUAGCUGCUUCUCCCCACGACUCGCUGAAGCUAGCUUUCUCCAGGGGAUUUAUGUGAUGUUCGACUCCCACGAUGCGAGUACCACUGGAUGUUGGCCCGCAAGCUUCGUGAGCAGCGAUUGCUUUGCUGAUCUCGACCAGUACUGGUGGUGUGAAUACGUGCCUAGCGCGGUAUCCCGAAAGACUUCCCAUCGUCUCGAUGUCCUUCAGCCAAUGUUACAAUCUACUGUCGAUGUCCCGUUAUAG